AGCAGUUUUCAAACGAAACAAGUAUGGCGGUAGAUGUUGUUUUGACAAGCCACAUCCAAAACACCAUCGUAAAUGCCAUCAAAUACGAUCAUAUUCCACAGGAUCUCGCCGAACGACUAUCACAAUAUACAGAUGUUUCUCUGGAGAAACAAGAUUCCACGCAAGGGGUCUGCAAAGUUCCUAUUCCGUUUAAGUUAGUGAAGCAACUUUGGAAAUGCGUCCGAGAGAAGCAUGAUUCAGAUUCAAGCUCAAAUAUGUAUUUACAUGAGUUGCUUUGUGGAAGUGAAGUUUAUGUAGAGCCACUAAAACUACCAGAAAAGAGUCCAGAGCUUGUAGCACGUCUUAAGAAACUAAAAGCAAAACAAGAAAAAGUGGAGUAUGAAAGAAUGGUUUCAAAUAUUGAUCAAAAGUGGCAUCAAACUGAUGGAAUGCAAUUUGGACAAGAAGUUCGCUCUGGUGGCAAACAGUUGUCUUCAAUAAUCAACUUCCUGUUGUCAAUAAUUGCAACAUUCACAUUUGGUUACAUUGCAUCACAGUACGCUUUUCCUUCCAUUGCUGUGGUAUGUAACUUUUAAAGGUGUUAUGCAACAAUACUUACAGCUGUAGCUCUGGAGCAGGGAGAGGCUUAGACUGAAGCAAGUUUUAAGGGAAAAAUAUGGACCCCCAUUAUAAUUCUAUGAGGUUUUAAUAU